AUGGUCUCCGGUCGGUGGGCUCCUCCACGCCCAGCUUGGGCCUCCGUGCGACCUCUGCAGGCCCAAGUCGUCCUGAAGUCGGCGUCUCCCGGCCCUGCCUCCCAGCAAGUAAGCAAGCUCUUUUGCCUCAACUCCUGCCCAGCUCCCAGCCGCCUUUGUAGGCCCCGAACUUUCUCGAGCCAAGCUCUUCGCGCCCGCCUACUGCCUCUCGGUGGCCUGUACAGGCCCAGCUCUGGCUGUAGAACAGCCUCUGCAGGCCCCGCUCUUGUCUCCCAGGGGCCUCUCCAGGCCCAGCUCUCGCCCCCACCGGGGCCUCCCAGGGCCAAGUCCCUGCCUGCCUCCAGGCAGCCCGCGUGCCGACCAGUUCCUCCCUCACGGUGGCCUGUUGAUGCCCAUCCUCCCACGCUGAGAGAGGUCGGCGUGAGCCCCUUGCCUCACACCGGCCCCUCCCACGCUGAGAGAGGUCGGCGUGAGCCCCUUGCCUCACACCGGCCCCUCCCACGCUGAGAGAGGCCGGCGUGAGCCCCUUGCCUCACACCGGCCCCUCCCACCCUGACAGGUCGGUGUGAGCCCCUUGCCUCACACUGGCCCCUCCCAUGCUGACCCCUUGGCUCACACCGGCCCCUCCCACGCAGAGAGAGGUCAGCGUGUCCCCUUGCCUCACACCGGCCCCUCCCACGCUGAGAGAGGCCGGCGUGAGCCCCUUGCCUCACACCGGCCCCUCCCACCCUGACAGGUCGGUGUGAGCCCCUUGCCUCACACUGGCCCCUCCCACGCUGACCCCUUGCCUCACACCGUUCCCUCCCACGCAGAGAGAGGUCAGCGUGUCCCCUUGCCUCACACCGGCCCCUCCCACGCUGAGAGAGGUCGGCGUGAGCCCCUGGC